UACUUCCAAAAAAAAUACAAAGAUAAAUCGAAUAAUUGAACAAAAUAAAUAUCUCUAACAUUUUGAACUCUACUCUUUGGCAUUGGGGUUUCUCUAAAAAUAUGGUCAAUGAUGUGAAUAUCAAUUUAGAUGGGAUUCCAUGACUCGUUUCCUAUUAUGUUGAGAUUUACUCUUACAGGUUCAAAUGCCCAACAAAGUCCUUUCGGCUCUCUAAGAAGGUCUGCAUCGACGGUACAAGCGGGGUUCUUCGAUGGAAGAGAUUGUAAACCAGUACAAACAGAUGACAAUCGACGAGGACAACAAAGGAUUGAUCUUCGACGAUGACGAUGGAGGGGAAACUGUGGCAAGCAAAGGCAAGGUAACCAUUGCGGUGAUUGGCAUGAUAGGUUCUCAGACGAAUUUUCUGGAGGUUGAAAUUCUCUUCUACCAUACUACAACAGCUCUCCCUCCUCCGGAAUUACCUCCCUGCGAGGAAGUAAUUUGGGGAAAGUUUUUAUUUUCGUAUUAUUUUUCUUUUCGCAGUGCUUAUUUUUAUUUCAGUUCGAGUAGGUAUGGUCGGAAUAUUUUGAUUUUUGAUAAACUCUUGAUAGACAGUGUUUCAUUUUCGGUCGUUUUAGGCUUCCUCUUGCCCGUUUAGUGUCUAGAGAGUCAUGUUGCUUUGUAUGGGUGGCUGACUCUAAGUCUAUUCCAAGGGCUUACGAUCGGAUCUGUAAUAUAUGUUUGGAUUUGGUCUCGUGUGUUUGCU